UGUUAGAGUUACAUCCCCUAUAAGCUAGUACUUGACGUUCCGUCAGAUCAGCUGUCUGUUGUCUUGCUAGAAGAGAAAACGUGAUGGGUUAAAACAAACUGAGAUGAAAAAUAGUAAUGGCAACGCUGUAAAUAAUGAUGGAACAUUUCAUAUCACAUAACUAGGCCUACAGUAGGCCUAGUCGAUAAAUUAAUACACUGACGGAUUCACAAUGAAGUCCCUCUUUAGAAUGGCAUCCACCUUUGUUGGUGAAAAUAUGGAUUUGUUUCCAACGGAAGCCGUAGCAGACUUACCAGGACCAGUUCUAGAGAGCAUCCUCCCCUACAUGAGUGCUUACUGGCUUCACUCAAUCCACCAGAGCCUUUCUUACGCUGGUGUGAAGAGUGAUUGGUUAUGGAACAUGCACAUUCGGCGAAGGUGGGGGUUUGGAGUUCAGUCCAUGAUGAACGUGUUUCAAGAAGCAGUUGACAAGGAUCCACGCAAAGUCUACCUGAUGAAACAUUUUCAUGACCUCCUUAAUUUCUGUACCCUCAGUGUCAACACCAGAGAUCCUAACAGCUUAUUCCUCUGCCCGAUCCACAGACUUGUUCGUAGGGAGACACUGGAUCCUCCACCUGUAAUUCAAGUUCCCCGCUCAUCAUCAUCAUCAUCUAGUGUUCCAAUUUCAUUUUUCAUCUCGGGUCAUCAUGAUGGAGGUACGGUAGGGCCGAUGUCUUUCCAUUUGGAGCAGCUCCUGAACUUUUCUGCUCAGGCCCAGACAUUACGUGUUCUGGGUUCUCAGUGUGCUUGGAUUGCAGGUUGUGCUCCACUUCUUGAGAAGCUUCUCCAAGUUACAGAGAGGCUUCAACUCGUUACACUCACAGACACCUACUACACAGGCAUACGUGCAUUGGUGGUAUCUCUGAUGAAACAUGGAAAAUUAUCUAAAGUCGUCCUGUCAACAGUCAAAUUGUCAGAACCAUGUCUAUUAGAUCUGAUGUUUGUGUGCUCAGGAAGACUUGAUCAGAACUCUGCUAACUUAUCAAAUGCAAAAAAAUUACUCUGUCAUAAUUGUGCUAAAACCACUUCCGAUAACAAAAGAAGUACAGAGUUUACUCUCGCAAACCCAUGUGAAGACAGUAUUAAAUCAAACGAUAAUUCAGUUGUAUUGUGUGAAACUUCACAAAAGCUAGAUGAUAUCUCAGAGCAGUAUGAUGAAGCGAGACCAUCCACGAGCUCAGGUAUUUUCUCUAGUCCUCUUGAAGAUAGGUCAGUGUGUUCAAGGACUAUUGAACCCCUGCUGUGGGAAGUGGGAUUUGACAGCGAUGGCAGUGAGUCCUCAAACUUUGAUAUCCCAGAUGGUCCUGAAAGCUUGCUAGAACCACAAGUUUUGGACCUUUAUGAUGAAGCUAUUACACCUCUUCCUAGACCAGCAGACACCUUAGAAAAUCUUGUUCUUACUCAUACGACGACAACCGUCGAACCCCAUUAUCGUUAUCCUUAUAUUGCUCCGUCAAUGUCGCGAUGUGUUCAAUGUCAGUCAGAUAUUAACAAAACAGAGUCCGUGUCUGUAAAAAGUGAAACAUUAAGCAGUACUUCUGCAGUGAAGGGUAAAUUAUGUUCGAGAGAAAUUGAAAUGGAAAACAAUAAAAGUUCAGCAGACAGUCUAACAAAAUCCAAUUGUCAUGGAAACGAAAUGCCAAAAACAGACUGUCAAAGUAACAGGACACAAGUUGAUGGUCCUAUCCACGCUCUCCUUAGUACUGCCAACCGCUUCGACAUCAGUGCUAUUCUUGUUCAUGUCCUGCCAGGCUGGACAUCUCUGAAGAAAUUUGGAGUGUUUGAUGUUGACAUGAAGUCGGAGGAUCUGACUAUGCAGUUACUACUGAAGGUACACAACCACCAGCUGUCCCACUUAGUACUGGACGACAUCAGUGUACAUCCCUCCUUCUUUCAGAAGUUCCUCAGCACUCUACACUCAAACUUCAAAUUUGGAGAGAAUCGUCAACCUUUGGAAUUGCUGGAUUUUCAAGCUUGUACAAAGCCUAUAGAAAUUUGCCAGCCUUUGUCCCCAGAUGUACUGUUGUAUGGUGUUAGGAAGUUGGACCUAAGUAUGAACACCCUGUCAGAAUCCGGGUUUGCAGCCCUGUUGAAUCUCAUCAAAAAUGACCAGGCACUGAUACAUUUAAAACUCAACGGAUGUUUCCUGCAGGAAGAACAAGUUCUUCAACUCUUGGAGGUUCUUGCAGAGAACACUCGGAUGGAGGUGGUGAGUCUCAGUGGUAAUCGAGUGGUAGAGGAGUCCGUUGAGCAUUCACUGUUGCUAUUCAUAGAAAAGUGUGUAUCUCUCAAAACCCUUGUACUCAACUAUAGCAGGCUUCGAAGUAGCUUCGUGAGCAGUGACGAGUUCGUACAUACAGUGAGAAGCCACCCAAGUCUUCAGGAGCUGUCAAUCAAAAACAACCAUUUAGAGUCUGGUGCACUGAAUUUCCUGAAAGCCAUCGCCUGUUCUCCUCAACGCCCGUCUCUUCGGUCACUUAACAUUGGUUACAACUGGAUCAAGGGUGAAGAUUUAAUUGAGGCUGCUCAGCAAAUACGUGCAUACCAGCGUCGACAUUUCCCAUCCAACAUCCUUGUACUGGACUUCCUGUCACUCAGCGGUAAUCGUCUUCUCCACAGCUUCCAGCAGCAGCUUCGACAGGAAUACAGGGGACUGGUGAAGGAUCUCGAGGCCAAUAGCAUUGACUUCUCACGACCUUAUGCAGAACAUGUGGGUCAGAUGUGAGGUCAACAAUGUGUAAUCCAUCAGGUCUUACGAUAAAAAUCUGACUCGAGUAGAAUUUGAGCUGUUGUUGUACCCCAGCAGGGUACACACAUACAAGUGAUCUGGUACAACCUGUUACAGUCACCACUGUUUGUAGGUUUAACUAACAUGUAACUUGUUCAGAGUUUCAGCAUGGAAACGGCAAUAAGUGAUUUUGUUUUUGAUAUCAUGAUUGAUGGAAAUUGCGUGUGUGAAAGGUCUCUGAUAAAUGUAUAGUUUAUAUAUAUGUGCAAACAAGAUAAUUUAUUAUGCACCAGUUUUGUUUCCUGAAAGUUGUAUGUGUAGCCAAAUGAAUUUUAGUAUAAGAAGUGAUUUGUUUUACUGAUACAUUAUUAUAUAGUGUAGAGUCAAAGAUUUGUGAUACAGUAUUACCGCCGUAUAGUAGCAUUAUAAUAAAA